AUGCAAGUUUACAAGCUUUUGUUCGUUUUCUGUUGCUGUGUGUACGGUGCGCGGCGCAUGGUGAAAAAGAGGACUGAUAGCAGUGAGGAAAGGGAAAGGGAGGAGUGUAUGGCUGUUAUGGAGAAUAGGUGGGAGCCUAAGGAUGGUCAGGAGAUGGAAGAUGAUUAUUCUCAUAUUCAUACGAUUGAUCUUUUGAGCAGCCUUAUACAUGGUAGGCCUUUGCCACCACCACCACCAAAGCUGCCCGCUGAUGGUAACAUUUGUUCGGUGCUUUUUUAUCCGUUAAAGUACUUUUUCUGGUACAUUACAGUUUAUUUAUGGCGGGCGUCUAGGUAGGUUGAGGUGAAUAGCAGGGGAGUGGGACAUUAGAAGGGCAACGACCUCCCUUGUUCGGUCUGUAAGCAAUAUCUGACAGUACUUGGAUGGCGCGGGUAUCUCUCAAUUUAAGGCUAAAUAAGAAAAAAAGUCGUUGCAGGAUUGGGCUCGUUCGUGAGCCGUAUUACGAAUGGUAAAGGACAGGUGAAAAGUAGGAAGGAUUGCUGGAGUGAUAUUUUAAGUAAAA